GCGGAGGGGGAGGGGAGGCGCACGGGCGCCCCGGGCCGCGGCUUCCGGCCCCUCGGGCGCGGGGCCCCCGCAGGAUCCCCAAGCGGAACGGCGCCCGGCGCGGACUGGCGGGCCGCGGCUCCCGGGUUCCUUCCUGUCCCGGUUUCACCAUGGCGCCGUCCAGCCCCCUAGUUCCCCACUUCCGCUUCCCUCGGAGCGGUCCAGUUACAACGCAGGGAUCACAACAAACGCAGCCACCACAGAGGCACUAUGGCAUUACCUCUCCUAUCAGCUUAGCGGCCCCCAAGGAGACUGACUGCCUACUCACACAGAAGCUCAUCGAGACGCUGAAGCCCUUUGGGGUUUUUGAAGAAGAAGAGGAACUGCAGCGCAGGAUUUUAAUUUUGGGAAAAUUAAAUAACCUGGUGAAAGAAUGGAUUCGAGAAAUCAGUGAAAGCAAGAAUCUCCCACAAUCUGUAAUUGAAAAUGUUGGAGGGAAGAUUUUUACAUUUGGAUCUUACAGACUAGGAGUCCACACGAAAGGUGCUGAUAUUGAUGCGUUGUGUGUUGCACCAAGACAUGUUGAUCGAAGUGACUUUUUCACCUCAUUCUAUGAUAAAUUGAAAUUACAAGAAGAAGUGAAAGAUUUAAGAGCUGUUGAAGAGGCAUUUGUACCAGUUAUCAAACUCUGUUUUGAUGGAAUAGAGAUUGAUAUUUUGUUUGCAAGAUUAGCACUGCAGACUAUUCCAGAAGAUUUGGACCUACGAGAUGACAGUCUGCUUAAAAACCUAGAUAUAAGAUGCAUAAGAAGCCUUAAUGGUUGCAGGGUAACCGAUGAAAUUUUACAUCUAGUACCAAACAUUGACAACUUCAGGUUAACUCUGAGAGCCAUCAAACUGUGGGCCAAACGGCACAACAUCUAUUCCAAUAUAUUAGGUUUCCUCGGUGGUGUUUCCUGGGCUAUGCUAGUAGCAAGAACUUGCCAGCUUUAUCCAAAUGCAAUAGCAUCAACUCUUGUACAUAAAUUUUUCUUGGUAUUUUCUAAAUGGGAAUGGCCAAAUCCAGUGCUAUUGAAACAGCCUGAAGAAUGCAAUCUUAAUUUGCCUGUGUGGGACCCAAGGGUAAACCCCAGUGAUAGGUACCAUCUUAUGCCUAUAAUUACACCAGCAUACCCACAGCAGAACUCCACGUACAAUGUGUCCGUUUCAACACGGAUGGUCAUGGUUGAGGAGUUUAAACAAGGUCUUGCUAUCACAGAUGAAAUUUUGCUGAGUAAGGCAGAGUGGUCCAAACUUUUUGAAGCUCCAAACUUCUUUCAGAAGUACAAGCAUUAUAUUGUACUUCUAGCAAGUGCGCCCACGGAAAAGCAGCGUCUGGAAUGGGUGGGCUUGGUGGAAUCAAAAAUCCGCAUCCUGGUUGGAAGCUUGGAGAAGAAUGAGUUUAUUACACUGGCUCAUGUGAAUCCCCAGUCAUUUCCAGCCCCCAAAGAAAGUCCUGACAGGGAAGAAUUUCGCACAAUGUGGGUGAUUGGGUUAGUGUUUAAAAAAACUGAAAACUCUGAAAAUCUCAGUGUCGACCUCACCUAUGAUAUCCAGUCUUUCACAGACACAGUUUAUAGGCAAGCAAUAAACAGCAAAAUGUUUGAGUUGGAUAUGAAGAUUGCAGCAAUGCAUGUGAAGAGAAAGCAACUCCAUCAGCUGCUGCCUAGUCACGUGCUUCAGAAGAGGAAGAAGCAUUCAACAGAAGGAGUCAAGUUAACAGCUCUGAAUGACAGCAGCCUUGACUUGUCUAUGGACAGUGAUAACAGCAUGUCUGUGCCUUCACCCACCAGUGCUAUGAAGACCAGUCCAUUGAAUAGUUCUGGCAGCUCCCAGGGCAGAAACAGUCCUGCUCCAGCUGUGACCGCAGCAUCUGUGACCAGCAUCCAGGCUUCUGAGGUUUCUGUACCGCAAGCAAAUUCCAGUGAAAGCCCAGGGGGUCCAUCGAGCGAAAGCAUUCCUCAAACUGCCACACAGCCAGCCAUUUCUCCACCACCAAAGCCUACAGUCUCCAGAGUUGUCUCCUCAACACGACUGGUAAACCCAUCGCCUAGACCUUCAGGAAACACAGCAACAAAAGUCCCUAAUCCUAUAGUAGGAGUCAAGAGAACGUCCUCACCCAAUAAAGAAGAAAGUCCUAAGAAAACCAAAACAGAAGAGGAUGAAACAAGUGAAGAUGCUAACUGUCUUGCUUUGAGUGGACAUGAUAAAACAGAGACAAAGGAACAAGUUGAUCUGGAGACAAGUGCGGUUCAAUCAGAAACUGUUCCGGCAUCGGCUUCUCUGUUGGCCUCUCAGGUCAAAGGCUGAGAGUGAAACAAAGAACAAACAGUGUUCCGGACCUGUGUGCAAGGCUCAGAGAGAUUUUCAUUGUAUUUAUUCAUUCACUAUGGUGCUUAGCUUAAGUGCUCCUGAACUGCCUUUGGCUCCCUGAUAUUUUUAAUUUUUAAGAUGUGUUUCUUUUUCAGUUUAGUUUUUAGUAUUGAUUUUAUUUAGUUAUUCUGUAGACAGUCAAUAACUCCUUAGAGUAAUUGACUAGCGUUAGUGUUGGCUGGGACAGUUCCAUAUGCACACAAGCAGUCUUGUCUUGCUAAUUCACAAACCUUCACCUUCUUUAUUUUUCUUCUUGAAUCCUUUUAAACUUAAACCAAAGUGUAGGUCAAACGUUGACCCAAAAAUCAGUGUCUCCUCAUAGCAUGUACUAACUAGAUUACCUGAGGCGCUGAGCUAGCUGCCAGCCGUGUACUCACCUGUGGCUUAGAGUCUCAGUGCUUGUGGGAAACACACUCUGCCAUACUCUGCCAACACCAGUGUUCUACUCAGUUUCUCAAAGUUGUUUGUCUGUAUGCUUUCCCUCAGCCUCAGUAGCCAAGAGGUCAUCGAAUGAGGAGUGUGCUUGUGUUCCUCCACCACAUGUUUCCCACUCUGCUGCACUGAUUGAUUACGUGCCUGCAGCCAUGGCGCCCCAGUGGGGUUGGCUUUGAAAGUGUUUUUUUGAGUAGAGUUUUUUUAUUCAGUUGUGAAAGGAUUUAUAAACCAGUCAGACCACCCCAGUUACGCUGUUUUUAGAGAAUGUAUCUUGUGUCCUGUGAUUGAGGGAGGGCCUUUAUUGCGGAGGGUAGUGUCUAAAUACAGCAGGGCCACGUAUUUGAGGUAAUCACAGAUAAUUGGGAGCAGCUUCAGUUUCGCUUCAGAAUAAUCCUUGGUUGAAGGCCACAGGAAGGAGUAGAUUGGCUUUGACUUAACUGUUGCUGAAGCUGGCUGAGACUAAUGUGAGACUAAUAAAUGCUCUCAACUUCUAUGCCUGUGUGGAAACGUCUCAUGAAACAUUUUAUGAUUCAUCUCUGUAUUUUGGAAUAUUAAAGAUGCCUUGUAAUAAAAUUUGUGAUACAAUUUUUUUUAAUUCCCUAAAAGUUGAGUUAAAUUAUUGUUCAGUUAUAUAGUUAAUUUUAUAAUUUAGAGUGUCAGAAAAUAACUGCUAAAUGCUAGCUGUGUGUCUCAGGUGAAUGUAAGUGCUUCCUCCACACGAGGGCACUCCGACACCACUUCUUGUUAGAGCAGUUAGUAUGGUAAACUGGGCCCAACAGUAAUUAAGUGUUAUUUUAUUAAUAAUAUCUUUCUCUCUCUUGUUCUUUAUUUUGUGAAAUAUAUUUUUAAGAUUUCUAUUUGAAGUUACAAAAUAAUUUUUGGUAAAUCCUGAAAAUGUUAUUAUUUGAAAAUGUCUGCAAGUCUAGUUAUGUUUAUUUGCGCUGCAUAUUUUCCAUUUAAAAUUGAUUUUUCUUUUUAAAUUUGCCUCAUAAUAAAGCUGCAUCCUUUCCUAGGAGUAAGGCGGUGGGACACGCAUCCCAUUUUAAGUCACAGUGCUUUAAACUGUGGUGUGUUGUUUGCUUUCAUUCUCAGAAAACAUCCAGUACAGACCUUUCUGAUAUCCCUGCUCUCCCUGCAAAUCCUAUUCCUGUUAUCAAGAAUUCAAUAAAACUGAGACUGAAUCGGUAAAACCACCUCAGGGUCCAUAAACAGUAUCUGCCAACUCAACCCGUUGUCUCCAGAUGCUUAAACAAAGGAAAGAAAGAAAGAAAGGAAAAGAGGAGAUUGGAGGGACAAGACUAGACCUGACUGACAGUGGGUUUAGCUGUUUGGUGGCCUCCCUGCCUUGGGCUCAUGAGCACUUGAUCAGAAGUCCAGGUUAGUAUGCGAAGCCAGGAGUGCUAUUAUUACUGUGUUAGCGACAGCUGCAUUAACUACUCAGAAAAAUUACUGCCUUUAAGAAGGAAACAAAACAAAACCCUCGAGCUAUGUUUGUAUCCAUAACUGACAUCCGGAUCGCGCCUCUGUGUGCUGCAUUGUUUGGAAAACUGCAAUACAAGCUGGCAGAAGAACUCCUCAUUCUGAUGAUGCACUUUUAUGUAUUUUUUUUUAAUUAGAAAGUAGAACUAAUUUUAGAUUUUCAGCUUAAUGGAUUUUCAAUUUUUUUUCCCCAAAGAAUUUUCUUUACAAUUAGUCUUUAAAUUGGAUACGUUGUGCAUUGGUGUACCAUUCUGUCCCAGAAAGGGCAGGAGGACACCGAGCUCAGCCCAGUCCUUACGGGCAGCUGUAGCCCUUAGGGUGAAUUGUCAAUGCUAAGGUAUACUUUGGACACUGAAAGAAGAAUUAGGCGAUACUUGGUUUUGAUGAGGUUAUGAUUAAGCAGUAUAUAUUCCUUUUAUUUAUAGAGUUGUUUUAUAGUGCAUACAAAUCAGCAUUCGGCCAACAAGUGUGGUCUUUGAGCUUUCGCAAGCUCUGUUCUUUUGCCUUCAGUCUGUUAGUCUUCAGAAAGACAGUGCUCCCCCACCCCCUUUUAUUUUAUUUUUUGCCUUUCUUUUUUCCCCUUUGCUUGUAUGCACAAGGUAAGGCUUAUUUCACAGAAACCAGAAUGCCAGUAUUUUCCUAAGCCAUGACAUGUAACCUUGACCCUGUGGCUGCGUGACACAGACACUAACUUUGGUCCCAUGGCUAGAACUUGAGAGUGACUGAAGCCAUACCUGUGAAGCAUCCCCGGAGGCGGCCCUUUGAUCUCUGCGAGGACUUUUGUACACUCCACACAACUCCUGUUCCUGUCUUAGACAAAUUGAUUUUCAUUUUUAAAAGUGGGCAAAAGGCAUUUUCUUCCAGAUUUUUAAACUAAUUUUUAUUUUUAACCAGUUUAUCAAAAUUUGUCAGUGAAUUUUACAUACAAAAACAUUUUAAAAAUCAUUUCUAGUAAGCACUUGACAUUUAGUCAGCUUUCCACUUUUGAAUUUUUUUUUUUGUUCUAUCAAAAAUUAGAAAUCUUCUUUAAAGACAAUGAUUUCUCAUAAUUAAGUAGCAGAAUUCUCGUCCAUCUUGUGACAUCUGACGGGUGCCAGAUGUUGAUAAAGUUACUCUUUGUUAAUCUGGGUAAAACAGACCUGUAGCAGCAGAUCUUUGUAUGAGCAUGGUUUUUGAAUCCUUCAUUUCGCUGCAUUCUAUCACACGUUUGUGCAUUUUCAUGUUACACUGCAAUUACUUAAACUCUCCCCUGUCCUUCCAAAUUAAUUUCCAAAGUUGGAGUAUAGUCUUUCCCCUGAAGCUAUGCAUUAAUUAAGGCUUUCUUUACCACUUACAUUGUUUAUAUACAGUGUUCUACUCUCCACCUCUUGCUCUGCAGUCACCUUGCCCUUCCUCCCACCAUUUGAGUAAAGAAGACGGUCCGCUAACAGGUGACAUGUACUGGUGUCUGUGUGUGUAGCUUCAGAGUUAGAUUGACAUCACCAGGCACAGAUUUAGUCUUGUCGUUUUGUUUACACAUUGGGGAAAAAUUCAGUUUAAUAAACGUUCCAUGUAACUGCAUCCAAGUUUCACCAGGCUGGAGACGUGGAUCUUUUCUGUGUAGUGACUUUUUACUUCUAGUUUCCAUAACCUGGAGAUCAGACUGUUGCUUUCGCAUGAUGUAAGUAGUGUCUCAUGACUGGAGUUUGCUUUGUUUUAUAGUAUCUGUACUCCUUGUAUUUUUCAAGAGCUAUUUUGUAAACAGAUGAUGUAUUUCUCCAUUGAAAACACAAUAAAAAAAAAAACAGCACAAAUCC